AUGGAUUCAGAUCCUGAUCCUUCUUCAAGUCCUUCUCACCCACAGCCACAGCAAGGACGGUCUCAGCUAAAUGCAGCUGCUACUGUGGGCCAUAGUGAGAGUAAUCAGAAACCUGGUUCACCUUCAGGAGAUUCAUUGUCCUCUGCAACUUUUUCCCCGUCCGCUACCAGCCAUUCUAACAGCAGGGACAGAGCUGAAAGAAGCGAAGCCAUGAAAGAAGAACCUGAAGUACUCUUUGAGGAUCUGUUUGAAAAGGCCAAAGCUGGAGAACCAAAAGCCCAGACGGAGAUGGGAAAACACUACCUGAAAUUAGCAGAAGAACAGGAUGAAGAACUCAACAACUGUAGUGCUGUUGACUGGUUGAUUCUUGCUGCUAAGCAGGGUCGAAGGGAAGCUGUCAAACUGUUGCGGAGAUGCUUAGCAGACAGAAGAGGCAUCACUUCUGAGAAUGAGCAAGAAGUGAAGAAAUUAUCAUCUGAGACUGAUCUGGAGAGAGCUGUGAGAAAAGCUGCCUUAGUUAUGUAUUGGAAAUUAAAUCCAAAGAAGAAGAAGCAGUUAGCAGUUUCUGAACUGCUGGAGAAUGUUGGGCAAGUUGACAAUGAAGCAGAUGGUGAAAAACAACCUGGCCCAGUUCCAAAGUCUGUACAGAAGCAAAGAAGAAUGCUGGAACGAUUAGUAAGCAGUGAAUCUAAGAACUAUAUUGCUUUGGAUGAUUUUGUUGAAAUAACCAAGAAGUAUGCAAAGGGAAUCAUCCCAACUAACCUGUUUGUGCAGGAGGAUGAUGAUGAUGAAUUGGCUGGAAAGAGUCCCGAGGAACUACCACUGCGACUAAAGGUUGUAAAAUAUCCACUUCAUGCCAUUAUGGAAAUUAAAGAGUACCUUAUAGAUAUUGCAUCUAAGGCAGGAAUGCAUUGGCUGUCCACUAUUAUUCCAACACACCACAUCAAUGCCCUCAUCUUCUUCUUCAUCAUCAGUAAUCUGACAAUCGAUUUUUUUGCCUUCUUUAUCCCAUUAGUCAUCUUCUAUCUGUCCUUCAUUUCCAUGGUGAUUUGCACACUGAAAGUCUUUCAAGACAGUAAGGCCUGGGAAAACUUCCGCACCCUGACUGACUUAUUGCUUCGUUUCGAGCCAAAUCUAGAUGUUGAGCAAGCAGAAGUGAACUUUGGGUGGAAUCAUUUAGAGCCAUACGUUUACUUUUUGCUCUCUGUUUUCUUUGUCAUUUUUUCCUUCCCUAUAGCAAGCAAAGACUUCAUACCAUGCUCAGAGUUGGCUACCAUCUCUGUUUUCUUCACAGUGACAAGUUAUAUGAGUUUAAGCACUUGCGCAGAACCCUACACGCGAAGAGCUUUAAUGACUGAGGUGGCUGCUGGCUCCCUCUCCCUAUUGCAGAUACUACCUAUAAAUUUGGGCUAUUUCAAAUUCUUAGGUAAAACCUUCUUUACUCUUCCUAUAGGCCACUUCUUCAUACUAAAUGUGAGCAUCCCAUGCCUUCUGUUCCUGUACUUGUUCUAUCUCUUCUUUAGAAUGGCACAACUGCGGAAUUUUAAAGGCACCUACUGUUACCUGGUUCCCUACCUGGUGUGUUUCAUGUGGUGUGAACUCUCAGUGGUUAUUCUGCAAGAGUCCUCCUGCAUUGGUCUCAUUCGUGCAUCAGUUGGCUAUUUUCUGUUUCUCUUUGCACUCCCAGUUCUAAUCAUAGGCAUUGCACUCAUGUGUCUUGUGCAUUUCAUAAAGUGGUUCAUAUCUUUGGAGCUCAUGAAGAUUGUGGUGACUCUUGUGUUGUGUGGUAUUCCUUUGUUUUUACGAUGGUGGACAAAAACUAACUUCUCCAUGGUUGAAAUGAUAAAAUCCCUAACCAGGAGUUCUAUUGUGAAACUCAUUUUGGUGUGGAUUACAGCUGUAGUGUUGUUCUGUUGGUUCUAUGUGUACCGAUCAGAGGGAAUGAAAGUCUACAACUCUACCUUGACAUGGAAUCAGUAUGGCUUCGUCUGUGGACCCCGGUCAUGGAAGGAGACUAACAUGGCACGCACCCAAAUUAUAUGUAGUCAUCUGGAAGGACACAGAGUUACAUGGACUGGGCGGUUCAAAUAUGUCAGGGUUACGGAAAUUGACAAUAGUGCAGAAUCUGCAAUAAACAUGCUUCCGCUUUUUAUUGGUGAUUGGAUUAGAUGUUUGUAUGGUGAAACCUACCCUGUGUGUGACCCAAAAAAUGUUACCAUGGAGGAGGAGGAACUGUGUCGUCUCAAGUAUCUGACAAAGCAUGACUGUCACAUGAAAAAGUUUGAUCGAUACAAAUUCGAAUUAACUGUGGGCAUGCCUUUCAAUGGCAAAAAUGGAACUAAAGCUGUAGAGGAGGAGGAUAUAACCAAAGAUAUUGUGCUGAAGGCAAGCAACGAGUUUAAGAAAGUGUUGUUGAACUUAAGGCAAGGAAGUAUAAUUGAAUUCAGCACAAUUCUGGAGGGUCGUCUUGGCAGCAAGUGGCCUGUCUUUGAACUGAAAGCAAUCACUUGCUUAAAUUGCAUGUCUAAACUUACACCCGCAGGAAGGCAUGUGAAAAUAGAGCAUGACUGGAGAAGCACAGUGCAAAAAGCCAUUAAAUUUGCUUUUGAUUUUUUCUUUUCUCCAUUCCUGUCAGUUGCAUAUUGA